AUGCUCGUGCUCGUUGAUCUCACAGUGGGGUUCCCGUCCCUCUGGCGUCGCUCACCCAUGAUGAGCCCUUACACAAUCAACUGCACGACACUCGCAGAUGCUGACCAUGGCAAAGGCAACCUCACCCUCUCGAGUCUCCUGGAUGAUUCCUAUACAUACGCACUGCUCCAAGCCGGUCCCAGCACAGACGGACGUGGCCACCCGUUACUAAACAUUGCCAAUGACCCGACCUUUCCAGCUGUAGAGUUCCAGGAAUGCAACUCGACCUUUAUGGGUUAUGAGAGCAAUCAGACAGAUAAUGCUGGGAACACCCUGUUCUAUGGACACCUUGUGCUGAACAGGAACGGCAAGCAGAGUUGCGCGACGAGAGACAUGGGCAGCAACGUGAUUUGGACAGUAUGCGAUACCCACGACGGCCCCCCGCAGAUGCGGCAGUAUUGGAAGCUGACGACCAAUACGUCGUCCUCAGAUCCUGCCAUGGUUGACUUUGUUGGACGUCCUGAGGACGAGUUGCUCCCAUUCCGCAGCGAGCCAACUUUAUACACUGUCAACGGUACUGUUGCUGUAAGGGAAACGCAUUUUCCGUUUGGGAGUGCCGAAUUGCCAUUGUAUCAAAUCUACCUGAGCUUUACGAAUUGA